CUCACUUCCUCUCCCUCUUCAUUAUUUCUUGUUUCCCCUAUUCAUUCCUUCCUUCACAUAUAUGGCCACCUUCCUUGCUUCUCCUACUUGUCCUGUCGCUGCCCUGCCUCCCUCCUCCUCCAGAACCAAAUCGGGCAACUUCACUGCCUGCUUCUCCAUUCAUGGCAUGCAGGGAGGUCCGACGUUCGUCGGGCUAAAACAUGUCCCAAAGUUCCACUUCUCACCAAGUGUUUCCUCUACCAGCUCUAGAUGCUUCAACGCCACGAUUGCUUGCUCCGCCGAAGCUGAAACGCUGAAGGUCGUCCAAGACACAAUCGCUAAGCAAUUGUCCAUUGAAGUUACCACGGUGGCUCCGGAGACCAAGUUUGCUGACUUGGGUGCCGACUCCCUCGAUACUGUGGAAAUAAUGAUGGCUCUGGAAGAGCAGUUUUCGGUGUCCAUUGGCGAAGGCGGAGCCGAGAACAUUCAAACUGUUCAAGAAGCUGCAGAUCUCAUCGAGAAAGUUAAGAACGCUGCAGCAGCUUAGUUUCACCCAAGUUUGUUACAGAUCCUUCAGGAGGGACAAAAGGCUGAGUUUUUUUUCUUCUUCGACAUUUAUUUUCUUCACACAAAGAAGCUAAUUUUGUCUCAAGCUGUAAGGCAGCAGUAUCAUGAGGUUCUGUGUUUCAGCAUUCAAAGACCAAACUAUGUACCCAUGACUGAAGUUAGCCUGUACUUGACCAAAAAAGAGAACAAUACGAA